GCCAACAGCUGUUUUACAAAACAACAGAGAGUAGCGGUUUCCUUGAUAAGAUAAGAGCAAAGUUCAUAUAUACUGCGAUCUAAGGAUCGGAUCAUUAAAUAAUUAAUUGAAGAGACAACAUUAAUAUUAUCUCCCUUAAGUUUCUACUUUUCCUAUUUUACUUACGUUUGGUAAACGAAGAAAUGGCCCUGAUUCCAGCUGUAACCCGACUGACCUCCUCCGUCAUCCGGAUCCUGGGCUGCAAUCCUAGUCCCAUGACGCUUCAGGGCACCAACACCUACCUUUUGGGCAGCGGCCGGAGGAGAAUCCUUAUCGACACCGGCGAUGAGGACGUGCCGCAAUACAUUGAGCACCUGGAAGACGUGCUGCAGCAGGAAAAGGCCUCCAUCGACACCAUUUUGCUGACCCACUGGCACCACGACCAUGUCGGCGGUGUCAAGAGCAUCCUGGGCACCAAAUUGGCCGACAAGGAUUGCCGGGUCUUUAAGUUCGGGCGCACGGAUGCUCAGGACGUGUGCCCCGAGAUCCCGUCGCAAAUCAAACUGCAUCCGCUGGCCCACAACCAGGAGUUCGCUACGGAGGGAGCGAGUGUUCGGGUGGUGCACACACCAGGUCACACCACCGACCAUGUCGUGCUGGCCAUGAACGAGGGCACGCUCUUCAGCGGGGACUGCAUCCUGGGCGAGGGCACCGCUGUUUUCGAAGACCUGUUUGAGUACAUGAAGAGCCUGGAGAAGAUACUGGACAUCAAGCCGCAGCGAAUCUUUCCGGGCCAUGGCAAUGUUAUUGAGGAACCACUUGGCAAGAUUGAGUACUACAUAAGCCAUCGCAACCAGCGCGAGCAGCAAAUCCUGCAGUUCUUCGUCCAGCGACCCAGUGAGCGCUGGCAGGCAAUGGACGUGGUGCGUGUGGUCUACAAGGAGACUCCGGAAAACCUCUGGACCGCUGCCGCCUACAACGUGAACCACCACCUCAGCAAGUUGGAGAAAGAGGGGAAGCUGCGGCUGUGCAAGUCGGAGGAUGAAGAAUUCUAUGUCUACCAGCCAACCAGUGCGCUCUAGGUUGGGUUUGGCUUCCGUUUUUAUUUUUUGUGUGCUCAACAAUGUAAAUAACUAAUUUUUGUUAAAUGUUUAACUAAAAAUAUUAAAAACUUAGAUAAUUUAAA